AGUUAGUUUUCGGAAAAAAAGUGAGUGCAAAUUUGAUUGGGGGGCACAAAGAGAAAUGGAAGCGUGGGUUCCUCUUCUAGAGAUUUUCCUCAAGUCUUCCUGUGCUGAAGGGGAGGCUUCCCUCUGGUUACAGUCCAACCCUAUGAAAGCCCUGCACUUCGUUUCCAAACUUCUCUCUAAAGAUGUACUUUUCUACCCAUCAGAGGAUACCUCAUCUCCUCUCUCUGAAACUAUCAACCGGUGCAUGUGGAUUCAGACUCUACCCAAUUCAAUGCAAUCCAAAAUUUUAUCGUUUCUCUCCAUUGAACACAGGCGAUUUCAUAAAAGAGACCUCGAAAAUCUUGCCAUUAACAUAUUGAAAGAGCCUGAUUUGGACUUUUGGGUGAUGAAAUCUGCGCAAAAUCUGCUUUACUUAGUCACUGAAAAUGCUUCAAUUCCAGUACCUGUGAUUCAGGAAUUCGAUGCCAUGCCUGACUGGUUAUUUGGUCAAGAAAUUUACAAUGAGCCAGUUCUUCCAUGGCUUCCUUUGAAUUCACAGAUAAAAAACUUUGAUAAUGGCUUAGAACCCAGGAACCAGAAGGAGCCUUUGGACCAAUCUGAUAACUUUGUGGGAAAGGAUCCUGACCCAUGUUUUGGUGAACAAUCUAUGGGCAAAGCUUUCUCUCUCGUCGAACCGGUUAUGGUCAAUAAGGAACAUGACCCAUGUGGGGUUGAAGAAUCAAAGGGCACAGCUUUCGCUCUCAUUGAACCAAUUGUGUUUGAAAAGAUUCCUGACCCAUAUGGGAGUGAAGAAUCAAAAAGAAAGGAUUUAUCUCCUAUCGAACCGAUACCUUUACAACAAGAGAUUCACUCGAGAUCUAUAUGUUUGAGAGAAGAACUUUUGAGCCUUGAUUCACCUGUUAAAAUCUCCCACUUCAGUAACCAAAUUAAAGAGCUCUGCACCCUGUCUGAUGCGCUGACAGUUUGGGGCUUGAUCAAGCCAUGGGAAUUAGAUGAAGAAUUGGGGUUACAUUUGUUAGCCAAUAUCUUGGAAGAGAAAGAAAAUUAUGAGUGGUCAAGCCAUGUACUAUGUGCUUUCCUUCUUCCCAAAUUGCUGACUUUGCAGGAACCAGCUUCACGUAUUUUGGUAACAACUCUCAUAAAAUAUUCCAAAUUGUAUCAAAGAGCAGCUGUUGAUGCUCUUUUGUUUCCUUCUAUUUUGCGCAUUGAAGGAGUAAAUAUUCCCCUUUGUGAAGUGCUUACUAAGAUUGUUAAGGAGUCUCUGCAUCCUGUUCAUGUGUCAUCAUUUUGCCAGAAGCUUCUCUCAAAUCAAGAGGAGCCCAAGAGGUUCACAUGUCUACCCUGUCACCAAGGACUAAUUGCUGAAGAUUUGGUAUGGACAGAGGCUUUGUUCACGUUGUUUCAAAACAUUCUGAAUUGCAAUGUUUACUUAACUCAAGAUACCAUUGAUUCUCUUGUUCUUGAAUUGGAAGAAAUAGCUGAGAAGUUCUCUACAUCCUUGAAGUUUGCAAAUUUUGUGUUAUGCUUGGUGAUUAAAUGUUCUUUCAUGUUGAAAACUCAGAAGCAUUUGCUGCUAAAAGCAGUUGGGAAGACUAACACUUUCUUGACAAAUAGCAUUUUGUCUAAAAUAGGUCGCUUGUAAAUUGGUUAUAUAUGAUCUUAAUGCAAUUAUUUCAGCCUUUCAAUUUUGAAUAGUAGCAAAUAAUUGCGGCUUUUUAUAUGUUUGCACAUUAUUCUAUGCACAUUGAGCUUAUAGUGGAUUAUUAUGGUUUAACAUUUGAGUCCUACAUAAUGAUGUUUCUUGCUGAUAGUUGUUCUCUCUUGUAAAAGCAAAACUUAUCUUAGUAAUGGUAUCAGUUAUCCAAAAAAGAAUGUCUAUUGACUGAUAAAGCAAAAUUGGGCACACCACCACUGCUGCUAUUACUUCUAUCACACACAUGCACGCACCCCUUAGGGGUUUGAGUUUGAUAUUUAAGAGAAAUGUCCUCUCCUAUGAAAAAGAAACCUCUCUCAGAUAAACUAUUAGUGACCUGAAGAAAUUGAUCACAAUUAGUUUACAGUUGUUCAGAGUUUCCGUUAGUGGAGGUCUUU